UUUUCCCCCAUCAAAAAGCAAACGCAUUGGUUUUUCUUUCAGCACAGCCAUCGUUAUGAAAAAUCCUCUAUGAAUUUCGCUAUCGGUCUUCAAUUGGGGUUUUAGCUUGUAGUUCUCUGUCAGUCAUUUUGGCAGUGGCUAGGAAACUACACCCAGAAUUAAACGGCCGGUCUUCUCAGAUUUAUUUAAAUAAUAGCCGUGGUAAACUCACAUUUUAUUAAGAUGGUCAGAUAUAUGAAGAAUCUCAUUUUCCUCGUUUUUUUCUUGUUUUUCGCUAAUGGUGUGUUUGGUUUUGAGACAGAUGGCGUUAAGUCAAUAUCAGUGAUGGAGGGAGAUUCCGUCAAUCUAGACAUGUGUCUUGAUCGAGUACAAAAAGAAAAAAUACUGUGGACGUUUGAAAACACUAUCAUAGCUCAGAUCGACAAGGAUUCCCAAACGUUCUCCACAAAAGACGGAAAUGAUGGGAGGUUUAGAGACAGACUGGAGUUAAACACUGAAUCUGGAUCACUGACCAUUAGGAACAUCAGAACUAACCACUCCGGAGUUUAUAAAGUGGAAAUGAGGAGCCCGAGCGGCUCCUGGAACAGGAGGUUCAAUGUGACUGUAAUAGGUGUGUUUGAUCCAGAUGCAGAGAAAAUAAAGCCUGUAUCAGCAAAGGAGGGAGAAUCCGUCACUCUAAACACUAACUUUAAAGUACAGAGAGACAAUCUGAUCGUGUGGAAUUUUGGACGGGCCGCCAAAGACUGCGUAGAUAAUCCGCUUCAUCACGUCCCGUGUCAAAGGGAUGUGACCGCCAUCGCUAAAAUCGAUGGAGAAACCCGUGAAGUCUCAUUAGAUGCUGGUGACAGCGAGAUGUUUAGCAACAGACUGAAAAUGGACAAAGUGACCGGAUCUCUGACCAUCACAGACAUCAGACCCAAACACGCAGGGUUUUAUAUGCUACAGAUCAGUAAUAACACCGGGACCAAAUACAGGAGAUUCAACGUUACCGUUAGUGCAAUUACGGAAUGCCACUCACAUGUAGUUUGGAUGUCAAUCGCUAUAGUACUUUUGUUUAUGGUGGGGGUUUGGUGUUUGGCUGUGGGCUUUAAAAACUGUCACAACAGGAACUUUUUGUUGGGGAAACUGAGGUCGUAUAACUGCUGUCAGUCUACAGGGGCGCAGGAACCGGAAUUGAUACACAAAUCGGUGAUAGAGGGAGAACCUGUGACUCUCGACACCGAUCGAACUGAACUACAGAGAGAUGAUGUGAUCGAGUGGAAGUUUGGAGGCAAAGUCAUCGCGAAAAUCAGCAGAGCAGCCGGUAAGAUCUGUCAGAAGACUUAUGAUGGUCCUGAAGAGAAGUUCAGAAACAGACUGGAGCUGGACUGUAAGACUGGAUCUCUGACUAUCACAAACACCAGAACCACAGACUCUGGAGAUUAUCAACUACAGAUCGCCACUAGUGGAAGAGUGGAAAUAUACCGAAAAUUCAACGUUUCUGUCAUGGAUUCCAGUCGGAACAUACCUAAAGAGUCAGCUGAGUCUCCUUUGAUGAGUGAAGAGAGAUGCAGCAGCUCCAAUAUGGAGUUGGAAUAAUGCUAUUAACGUGGAUGAGAAAUGUGUCAUAUAUGCUUUUAUU